UCGCUUUCACUGCGUACAUAGUAGCUAUAUAUAACCCAUGCAAGAAUAAGUCAAUUAAUUAUAAUAUAUAUUAUAAAUUUUGUCAUGGACAAAUAUAUAUCACUAUAUAUAACCAUGCACAGUGUUAUAGCAUACAAUAUAUAUAUCAUUAGUCGAUCGAUGUUAUCGGUGUCAAGCUAAUCAGCUAUAGCCCUAGGAAACUCCUCCAUAACCAAGAAUUAAAAAAAAAAACUGUACGUAGCAAUGGAUAAUCAUGAUGAGAAGAAGAACUACAACAAUAUUGAAACACAAAACGCAGCGUUUCAGCUACCUCCUGGAUUCAGAUUCCACCCUUCGGACGAGGAACUCAUCGUCCAUUACUUGCAAAACAAGGUGAACUCAAGGCCACUACCGGCGUUAGUGAUGGCGGAACUCGACCUCUACAAGUACAACCCUUGGGACCUUCCAACUAAGGCUGUGUUUGGGGAUGAUGGAGAGUGGUUCUUCUUCACUCCAAGGGAUAGAAAAUACCCUAAUGGAAAUAGGCCUAAUAGGGCUGCUGGGUCUGGUUAUUGGAAGGCCACGGGGACUGAUAAGCACAUUCUUACUUGUUGUGGAACCAAAAGUAUUGGUGUCAAAAAGGCACUUGUUUUCUACCAAGGGAGGCCUCCCAAAGGUCUCAAGACUGAGUGGAUUAUGAAUGAAUAUAGGUUGCUUGAUUCCAUGGUUUGGAGUGCUAGUACUACUUUCAAGAGAAAAAGCUCUAUGAGAUUGGAUGAUUGGGUGUUAUGUCGAGUAAGACAAAAGAACAGUAUGAACAACUCGAGGUUUAACUACACUUGGGAAAAUAGCAGGAUCGGCAACAAUAAUGAACAUGAUCUAGCUGCUGGCUACUUUGAUCAUCGACAAAGAAAGACAUGUUCUGUUAAACCUAGUAGUAAUAAUAGUACUAGUUCUACUACUACUUCAACUACUGGUGGCCAAAACCAAAAGCUAGACAUGAUGAUCAUAGACUACUUGUACAAGGAUUUUCCCAUGUUGCCCUACAUCUUAUCCACUCCACAACUACUACUUCCCAAUUAUUCUACACCUUCAACUUCAAGUACCAAUAUUACCUUUCAAACCAAUAUUAAUAAUAAUAGUAUUAGUGGUCAUGAUCACGAUCAGUUUUCAUCACCUUAUUCUGAUCAUGAUCAUGAUAAUUACAGCUUUUUUAACUCGAUGAAGAGCAAGCAUGGUGCCCCAGAAAAUGACAUAUCUUAAUGAUCAAAGAUUGUUCAUGCAUCAACAAAUCUGAAAAAGCUUCACAAUUAUUACAUCAUGAAGCAGUAUUUAUAUAUGUACAUAUAUAGUACAUAUAGUAGCCUGUGAAAAUAGAGUGGUAAGUAAUUCAUUUUAUUUGAUAAGCUUUUGAUUAUAUAGCGCAUAGAUUUGGGGUUUGCUGGUAGAAUAGUGUUAUAUUGUCAAUUAUACUAUUCGAAACACGUAUGUAUGUGUCAUAAGAGGUUUGUCUGUGUAUAUAUACAGUAUAUAGCUGGCUAGUUGUUAUUCGUAAG